UUUUAGUUUAUUAUUCUUUAUAUUUUGUCGAGCUUCUCUUAGACGUAGUCUAGAGUUUUAUUUGUAAAAUGAGCUCGAGUGAGGGUGAGAAACCCCGCAACAAGCGUGCACGUGGUAACAAUUUUGCACGUGGAAAUUCGUCUGAUAGUUCUGAGUUUUCGGGCUUUGAAGCUCAGUAUUUGGUACCUAAUGUAGGUGCUAAUGUUGAAAUUGAUAAUGAUACCCAAACAGGCGUAGAACCUGUUCUUGAUCCUAUUGUUUUAUCUGUUGAUAAAAGUACACAUACAUGUAAGAAGGGUACAAAAACAAAGGCUGUAAAAGUUGAUAAAAGUAAAAAAGAGAAGGGGAAGUCGAACCCUAAAAAACCUUCUAAGAAAGCUAAAAAUACUGGGGCAUCUAUUGAUUUUGAUAGUUUAUCUGCCAAGGAUUUAGAUGUUUUGAGAAAGAAACUUGGUCUGGGAUCUUCAGAUGCUAAUAAAACUAGUAAUCAGCGCCCUUUGCCCCAGCCUCGUGACAAUUGGGAAAUUGAGGAUGAGUCUCAGUUUGUCCCUAAUUAUUUUGAUGAUGAUUAUUAUGGGGAUAAUGAUUUUGACGUAAAUAAACAACCCCCGUUAAGAAUCCAAGUAGAUUCUCAGGACAUUUCAGAUGGGGAAAUUUCUGAGGACGUUGUCCCAUUACAGAAAAAUAUGUCAAACAAAUUUAUUGAUGCUAUGUUUGGGGGAAAAGACCCGAAUAAUAAUGAUCAAGGUUUAAAUGAAUGGGCGCCUCCCAAACUUAAAAGUGUUGUGCGUGGAAAGUCCAUUUCCCCUUCUCUUGCUCAGUUGAUAAAUUCAACUUGUACGUCUGCUUGUUGUAUUGAAGAGAUAAUGCAAAAAUACCAAAUUCCUGAGAAUUGUUCAAAUUUAGGGCCACCAAUUGUAAAUGCAGAAGUCUGGAAAAUUUUAGAAAAGAAAGGCCGAAGUUAUGACCGUUUGCUGGUCGAGAUUCAGAACCUAGUGGCUGCAGGAAUUGUGCCAAUUAUUAAGUUGGCUGAGAUAAUGGGCCCAGAUUUAUCGUUACCUGCAAAGGAAUAUAUUUCUGACGCAGUAACCAUGUUUGGUCAGGUGCAAUACCAAUUAUCUUUGCGAAGACGUUACAUAAUUCGCCCGAAUCUCAAGAAAAAAUAUAAAAAUAUUUGUAGUCAGUCAACUCCAAUCACUGAGAAAUUGUUUGGGGAUGAUAUUGGCAGGGAAAUAAAAAAUUGCGAUACAGGAAUAUCCUUAGCAUUUCCUAAAUAUGAAAACAGGUAUUUCAGGGGAAGAACACCUGGUUACAGAGGCUCGUAUCACCAAAGGCGUGGCCGUCCAUACUAUACUGGUUACAACCAGCAGCAUAAUCAAUAUGGCAAUGGCAAUUAUCGUGGCUCUUUUAGAGGGAGGCGAAGACCUUCGGCCUCUGCUACAAGUACUGCAACUUACCCAAACGAAUAAAUGUUUUACAGGCUGCCGAGACACAAAGACCUGUUGGUUCUCCCACACAAUGGAAGAGUACAUCCGCUCGGCAAAUCUUUGAACCUGAUCGCUGUAGUGUUAUCAGGGAGGCACUCAAUUAUAGAGGCAUUUCAUCAGGAGCUGCUAAUAUCAUUACCUCAGCCUGGAGACCAGGAACACACAAACAAUACAAUUUGGCAUGGAAAAACUGGUAUAUUUGGUCUUGUGAAAGAUGUAAAAAUCCCUUUUGUACCACUGAAGAGAUAGUGGUCAAUUUUCUGUAUCAUUUACAUUUGCGAAAGAAGUCUUAUUCAUUAUUGAACACACAUAAAGCUAUGUUAUUGCAAACACUUCCAUUUUUUGGAAAUGUUUGGUGUGGUAAUACUGUGCUUAUUCCUAAAUUUAUGAAAGGGAUUUUUCAUUCAAAUCCCCCUAAGUUGCGUUAUAAAUUUACCUGGGACGUGACUGUAGUGCUUAACUUUCUCAGAACGUUAUAUCCUUUAAGAACGUUAUCCUUAAAGAUGUUAACAUUAAAAUUAGUGGCUUUGAUAGCCCUCAGUUGUGCUCCUAGGGCUCAGACUUUAGUCUCUAUGAACUUGGAUUUUAUGAGAUGUGCUGCGAAUCAUGUGACUUUUUAUUUUCCGGGGUUAUUAAAAACUAGUAGAUCUAGUAGAUCUAAUUCUUUUUGUGUGAAAUUAGAACAUUUUGAGGAGGAAUCUCUUUGUGUUUUUCAUACUUUAUUAUUUUACAUUAACGUAACUAGGAAGUUACGGAGAUCUAAACAACUUUUUAUUUCUUAUGUAACUUUUCAAAAUGUUUCUACAAGUACCAUUGCAAGAUGGUUAAAAACUGUGCUAGAAUUAGCGGGUAUUGACACUGGUAUAUUUAAGGCUCAUUCAUAUAGGUCUGCCAGUUCUUCAGCUGCAUUUCAUAAAUGUACAUUGAAAACUUUACUGGAUGCAGCUGAUUGGAAAUCUGACAAAAAUUUCUAUAAAUUUUACUACAGACCCGUUUUGAAUGAUGAAGAGUUAUCUUUUGCUCAGGCUGUUUUCUCAUAAUUGAUACCUUUUGACAAAGGUCAAUUUGAUAUGACAAAUAAUAUUUUUUGUUACAGAAAUGAAAUGAUGUAUAUUUAAUCUGUAUAUUUGGUUUUUUCAGGGUAGUAAAUGUGAGUAUAAUGUUAAUAGUUUGUGUUUUUGUUCUUGGUUGACAAUUUUGUAUACUUGUUGACAAAUUUUAA